UAUAGCUAAAUGUUACUUACUAUUUUUAGCGAUGUCAGAUCAACAUCUCCUGAGUUUUCAGGUACUUUCAAUAAAAGGUGUGAAGAGUAUUUUCAAAAGUUUAUCACGUAUGCUGGAUCUGAUUGUACUGAAGGCAUGCCAUACUUACAUUACUUAAGAAGUCAUGUUGGAAAGCUUAUGGCAUUCUACGCUAGAUUUGGAUGGGGUUAUGGAAUGUUUAAUUGUAACGCAAGUAAACAUUUAAAUAAACGAAUUAAGUUUUCAAAGAUUAACGAAACGAAUUUAGACAGAACAAGAUUCGAAACUAUAAUUAGGUUAAUGCGCUUACAACAAUUUAUUCUAACAGAUUCUGUUAUGCCAAAGAUAAAAGAGAUAAUUUGUUCUGUGUGUAAAAUACCUGGCCACAAUAAGAAAAACAAAAGCUGUCCUCUACACCCUAGUCACCCACCAAUACAAUUCGAAGAGUCAGACGAAGAAGUUUAGUUAAAAGUAUUUUAUUUGAGAAAAAUUAUGAUGUUCAAACUUUUCACUAUCAUUUUUAUGAAGUAAAAAAAAAAUUGGUUUUGAGAAUUAAACGCUAAGUUAAUGAAA